UUUCAGUUUUUUUCUCGUAUCUUUUUGUGCGGAUGUUUAGCCAACUGUCUGGUACCUCUGUCACUCUCCUCAUUAAAAUAUAUUCCUCCCUCUCCAGGCCACCGCACUCCCCCUGCCCGCAGUGGGCAUCGCUGUGUUGCCGACAACACAAACCUUUAUGUGUUUGGAGGGUACAACCCUGACUACGAUGAGUCAGGAGGUUCAGAGAAUGAAGACUACCCCCUGUUCAGGGAGCUGUGGAGGUACCACUUUGCCACGGGCUGCUGGCAGCAGAUCCAAACAGACGGCUAUAUGCCAACAGAGCUGGCGUCCAUGUCAGCUGUUUUGCACGGAAACAACCUCCUGGUGUUUGGCGGCACCGGGAUCCCCUUUGGUGAAAAUAAUGGCAACGACGUACAUGUUUGUAACGUGAAGUACAAGCGGUGGUCACUGCUCAACUGUCGGGGAAAGAAGCCCAACAGAAUAUAUGGACAGGCAAUGGUUAUUAUAAAUGGCUUUCUGUACGUAUUUGGGGGGACAACGGGCUACAUCUACAGCACAGAUCUGCACAGGCUGGACCUGACCACCAGGGAGUGGAUUCAUCUCAAGCCCAACAACCCUCCAGACGACCUACCUGAGGAACGGUACAGGCAUGAAAUAGCACAUGACGGACAGAGGAUCUACAUUCUAGGAGGAGGAACUUCCUGGACAUCUUACCCUCUGGACAAGAUACAUGCUUACAAUCUGGAGACAAAUUCCUGGGAGGAGAUUACAACUAAACCUCAGGACAAAAUAGGGUAUCCUGCUCCCAGGAGGUGCCAUAGCUGUGUACAAAUUCGAAACGAUGUAUUUAUCUGUGGAGGCUACAACGGGGAAUUGAUAUUAUCUGAUCUGUGGAAGAUCAACCUGCAGACUUUCGAGUGGAGUAAACUACCAGCAGUGAUGCCUGAGCCCGCCUACUUCCACUGUGCUGCUGUCACUCCAGCUGGCUGUAUGUACAUCCACGGUGGUGUGGUGAACAUCCAUGAGAACAAGAGAACUGGCUCUCUGUUUAAGAUCUGGCUGGCUGGGCCCAGCCUGCUGGAGCUCUGCUGGGAGAAGCUUCUCAAGUCCUUUCCCCAUCUGACUUCACUACCCACAAUGCAGCUGCUCAACCUGGGCCUCACACAGGAACUCAUUGAGCGCUUGAAAUAGGCCACACAGUAGAGGACGGACAAAUAAAUGGACGGACUGGGAGGAGACAAAGUCGGACAGAGCACAGCAUUUGAUUCAGAGCUAAAUUCUGGGGAAAUGCCCGCUCCUUCCCCCGCCUAACGUAGCCCCGCCUUAAAACCAAAAACAAUCGGAUGCCUUUUUUUUUGUUCUUAUUUCUUUCGCAGUUUUAGUGAUAAUAAAGAAAAUAAAUAUGGAAUGUUGAAUGGAUUUUACUCCAUCCCCCCAGCCACCACGGUUCCUUACAUGAUGCCUUUGGGUCAAGCUAAACAUGAAAUCCUGCUCCUCAACCUCCAACCUGUGACACCCGGAUUAUCUUGCCACGUCUUGUCUUCAACGACUGCCCCCCCAUUAUAAAACAAAUCUGCCUACUCUAGUACUUUUAAGAAUUCUGUGCAAAGGACGAAUGCAUGUGUAUUUAUUUGGACUAAAUCAGUUUUCCUGGGGGUCUUCUCGUCACCCGGUAUCGCUGUUUGCACUUUGUUUUACAUACUUGUGGACAUUUUCCUCUUCUUUUUUUUUUUAUAGAUCCUAUAAGCAGCUCACCUUCAGUCAAUAAGUGGCAGCCAGUGGUUUUGCUAAAGACCAUGCAAAUGUUUAGCCAAUUGAAUUCAAGUCUCAUGUAUGAUUUUCAUUUCGGCUGACGUUGUUUUAGAUUUUUAAAUGUGUUUGCAACCUACCAGGCAGCCUUUUUAUUUGUUAUAUCUUUAUGGUAUGAAAAUCUAUUAAAACCUGUGUUUGUCUAAAGGGAAGGAAAAACAUUUAUUUUGAUUUUAAAGUUAUGGUAUGCCUUGGAAAUGGUCAUGGUCAAGAUGUUGUAAGUUAGGAACACUGUAUGCUCUUAGUUUGUGAAAGGGUGAAUGCAGGGUUUGCCGAUGUCUGAGCCUUGUGUUUCCAGAUCUCUCCAUCAUACAGCCUAGUUGGAAAAACCAUCUGCAAAAAAGUUCAAAAGAAUUUCACCCCGUUUCCUUGCAGCUCUCAUUUGUACACCAAACCAUGCAACACAUCACUGUGAAUUUGGUGCUCUUUAAACUUAAUUCUAAAUGCUUUUAUCAAAUAAAGACUUAACUCUGCUCACUAUUACUCCCUCUCUGUUGAUACUGUUUUGCAGAAGGGUUGAUUUAGAAGCAAGCUCAAACAUUUGUUAUACUGCAGUGCCUUUUUCAAACUUGAAUGAGGCUGAAAUAUUGGCAGUAAAAGAUCUGUGUAGGCAUGCAAUAGUUUGUUAAAAAGUUAGUGAACAUUGAAACAGUGAUCAUUUACAUAAAAUCACUCUGUGAAAAAUAGUGAUUUUGGAUCCUGUUUAAAGGAUGCAGAGGCUUUGAUUUAGCUGUUAAUGGCCAGAGCUAGUAGACUUCAGGAUGCAUCACAUUGGGCCUGUCAAGUGACUGAGUUCAUUACAGUUGCUAUGUUUAACUCAUGAUUUGAUCAGAUGCCGGAUGAUGUUGCAACUUGAACAAAGUGAUGAGUGCUAAGAGAUAAGGAGAGGCCCAGGAUGAGACGUUUGAUCUGCCUGCUCUUCUUUCCCUUGCCCUUUAUUUUCCUUCUGCAUAACUCACUGCUCUGUGCAUGAUGUUAUGACCUGCUUUUUUUUAUAAACAUCAAACCUUUACUUUAGGAAGUAGCUUUAAAGGUGACCACUAAAAUGUUGUACAGUAGGCUUGUAUGAAUGUUGUGAGUACUGUCAAUAAAAGGUUCUGUGAAUAGCUCUCUGAA